AUGAAUCUCGUGACGGCGUCCCGUGACGAGAAAGACCCCUCCGGCAUCGCUCUCAUCGCUUCGACCACCCCAGCGGCCUCAGCGAGCCUGCACGACACCCUGAAGGCCGGUCAAGCCGUCAGGAGCUGCGCGGCAGUCCACUUCAAGGGCCCGGCUCCAGUCUUUGGCGACGUUAGAAGCGUCCCGGCUGCCGUCCCGCCCCUACCAAAUGCUGGGGGCGUGCGAGGAGGCCGCCUCUCCUAUGCGACCAAGCAGGGAGCCGCCGACUUUGCGUUCGACUACGGGCUCGCCUUCAGCUUGCGGCCUGCCGGAGCUUUUGCUCGGGGCGGAUUUGGCUCGACGGAGGCCAUCUUCACGGCCUUUUACAACAGCCGGCCGUUUGUUCGCGAGGUCACAAGCGGCGUGCCUUGGGUGUUGCCCCUGGAACAAGGGGGGUGCGUGGGGGCUGCUCUCUUUGGGCUAGACGCGGAGGCGUGGAAAGGCGGGCCGCACCUCCAAGUGUUCGUCGUUAGCAACCCUGGAGAAGAGCCCGUGGUUUGCGUGCUCUGGGGAGAGAAUGCGCAUUGCAGCGGCGUCGACUGCACGGGUUUAGAGCGGUGCCGGCACCUUCUGGAGAUGCUCUCAAAGCAAACCUUGCCCCUGAUUGAGCGCGCAAUUGAUGGAGGCGGGAGCGAGGCUACGCGAACCCUCGCUGAGAGGCGGGCAGAGAGGAUUCUGGAGCGUGAAGCGGAGUCGAGGAGGCUCUUGGUUUGCAACGACCCCGCGUGCCGGCGACCUGACUCGAGAGUUGCGUGCACCCACCAAAAGACCCUCGAGCCUUGGGAGUGUCUCUUGGCGGCGGCGCUCGACAUGGGCCACAGCCACCGGAAGAUUGACACGGUCAUGAGCCGGGGCGGAGAGAGUGUCGCGAGCCUUUGUGAACGGUGGGGCGAGGAGGGCGUGCGACGGCGGGACAAAGCAAAGCACUUUUGCGCUCCACGGCCCGCCGAGUUGCUCUCUCCAUGCGGCCGUCCAUGGCAGCUGGAGAGCAGGAAGGCGUCUCUGACAACGGCGAGGGCGCGCUUUCCUAUCACCACCUACCGGCGUGUCUGCCGCAUCGCUCCCGGACGCGAGGCGGCAUGCUGCUCAGUAGCCUACGACGGCCAGGAGGACGGUAUCUUCAACUUUUCCGGCACCAACCUCAUCUCGCACGGCCUCCUCUUGCGCAAUCACUUUGCGGCGGCCCUGGGGGCGGCCCAUAGCCUCAACUUUGAGGCGGGGGACAUGGCGACGAGGUGUCUCGAGGGGCCGAACGUUCCUAGGCUGGACGACCGGGUGUUUGACUCGGCGAUGCAGGCCUUCAACGACCUGGCGGCACGGUCUCAGAUCCGUCACGUGUGCUCGCGCGUCGAUUGCGCGCACCUCUACACGGGCGAGGUGGAAGCGGCUGAGGCGGAGGCCCGAAUGGUUGGCAACCCCCUGAGGCCAGAGCGAACGGAGGGGCCGAGCUCUGAGCUGGCUACGUACGCUUUUGGGCGGGACAAGGUCAUCACCUUCGAUGGGACCUUCUUUGCCAACUCGAGCGCGAUGCGAGACUCCGGCACUGAAGCGUCCUUGCACAGCAUCUGCGAACCGGACCCAAAAGCGCCGAGGGUUGCUGGGGGCUUUACUCCUCUGAGCGUGGGCGGAGUACGACCUUCGGAUGUGCCCUUGGAGGGAAUCGAUUGCCCCUGGAAGUAUAGGAACGGGCUGUCGGAGCUUAGACCAGCGGUGCGAGCUCUUGCGCUGAGGUGGUGCAACUUUCGCAAGGCUCCAGCGCAAGGGAGCAACGCGCCUCUGAAGCCAGAGGAGUUCGUCGUAAUGCGGGAGAGGCUUCCGGCAAACGUGGGCGCUCUGAUCGACCUCGUGAUCGAGUCGGGAGCUUGUGGCGACCCUGCCACAUGUGCGAUUUGCAAGGCAGUUCCGCGGCGGCCGUGGAUGCAAGGGUUCCUCAAGGACGGGCCCGUGGGAGCGACCGGCUGGUGCCCGACGCACUUCCAGCCGUACGGAGCCUUGCUCCACGCCCUGCUCAUCCCUCGCUACUCGUGGGUGUUUGGGCACGUGGUCACCUUGAAGCUGCUGAGGCACGUGUUGCUCGAGGGCCCUCUCGACGAGCGCGGGUUGGCGUACCUUUCCAACGACGGCCCCAUGGUGGCGGCCAUCUUGCGCCUCCACCCCGUUGCCGGGGGGCUGUAUGCCUUUCCACCGACGCUCCGCCCCCUCGUGCGCGACAUCUACGCCACGAACCUCCUCUGCUUUGAGCCGAGCGCAAACCGGCCGGAUCCGUCCUCGCGAUCGCCACUGGCCGCCCUCCAUGAUGCUACCGAGCAUCUGUGGACAAUCGAAGGCGAGAGGCUGAGGCUCAUGGGGCAGCUGGAGGCGGCGGCGAUGGAAUACGCGGAGCAGCGAGGGGCGGCGCUCAAGCGGGUCGCCAACUCGCUCCUGUUCGAGCUGGAGGUCCGCGAGCCCCAGUGCUAUGGAGAGGGCGGCUUCCUUCAAGUGCCAUCGGCGGCCUACA